AGCUCUUGUGCAAGCAUGUACUCACAACACGUUAAAAUGACGCGGGCACGUGGGAUCAACCAGGGAAAUGUGCAACGCACGAUACGCAGACAUCAUAGAUCAGUUAAGCCUUUAUCCGCAGCAGCGCCGAACAUCUCAAUUUCUCCAUCGGACUACACCACGCUGGGCAAGACCAACGUGCGGGUGCCGGUGAUGGGCGUCGGAGCAUGGUCCUGGGGUGACCGCAGCGGCUACUGGGGAUAUGGCCGCGAGUACGGCAAGGAGGAGAGUCGCGCAGCUUUCAAGGCGCUCAUGCGCUCAGGCCUGACGUUCAUUGACACCGCCGAGGUGUACGGCUUCGGCAAGAGUGAGGAGUUCCUCGGUGAGUUCCUCCGCGACCCCUCCCCCCCGGGCUCCCCCGCCCCCGUCAUCGCCACCAAGUUCGCCCCCCUGCCCUGGCGCUUCACUCGCGCCGGCGUGGUGGAGGCGGCCAGGGCCUCCCUGCGCCGAAUGGGACUGAGCAGCAUGGGGCUGUACAUGCAGCACUGGCCCGGCUACGGCCCGCAGUACUUCUUCAACGACUCCUACCUGGAGGGCCUUGCGGACUGCCACCAGCAGGGCCUGUGUCAGGCAGUGGGGGUGUCCAAUUUCAACGCAGAGAGGGUGCGGAGGGCCGUACAGCUGCUUGGGGCCCGAGGGAUACCGCUGGCCUCAAACCAGGUGCAGUACAGUCUAUUGUACCGCGCCCCCGAAACGAAUGGAGUGCUAGAGGCAUGCCGCGAGGCGGGCGUGACGGUGGUGUCGUACAGCCCGCUUUGCCAGGGGCUGCUGACCGGCAAGUACUCCCCCGACGGCCCCAAGCCCACGGGGCCCCGGCAGCUGGUGUUCUCCGAGUCCAGGCUGCGAGAGGUGGAGCCCGUGCUGGCGGCUGUGAGGGCGGUGGCAGAGGAGCGGGGCAAGACCAUGGCGCAGGUGGCUCUCAACUGGUGUAUCUGCAAGGGCACACUGCCCAUACCCGGGGCCAAGAACGAGCGGCAGCUGAGCGAGAUAGCCGGUGCCCUGGGCUGGCGGCUGAGUGCGGGGGAGGUGGCGGACCUGGAUGCUGUGUCCAGCAGAGUGCCCCGGGGGGUGGGCUUCCCAGUGGUGCGUCGGUGUGGGGGGGGGGAGGGGGGAGGGGAAUCAUAUGAUGCUGAUGACAGCGAUGCUGAUGGUGAUGAUGUUGAUGGUGUGCGGAAGAAACUGAAGCCGGCUGUCGACGUCCAAAUCCGCAAGCUGCUGGAAUUAUAG